CCCGGGUCUCCAGACGCCUUCCUCACUAAACACAAAAGACUGCACUUAUACCUUUCAUUGUCUCCUCUUCCGUCGCCACCAUCCUCCUCUCCCACAUUCUCUGCGGCUCACGCUCUGACAGCCGUCCCGCGACCCGCUGCUGCGUUUCCACGACGACUGCCUGUUUUCCAAAUCGUCCUCUCGGUCAUGUGACGGGUUUGCCACGACGCCCACGGAUCCCGCGCCCCGCGCAUCGCGAGACGGAGCGGGCAACUGCGCUCGGUGAGUUAUCUCGUCAUGCUACUUCGACUCUUGCACAGUUCUCGGCCGAGUGAUGUACCAUGGUAAAAGGUCUGACGCAAAGACACCUUCUGGUUUCGCGGCCAACGGCUCAACCCCACGGCGCCACCCCAGGCUGACAGCUGUUUGCCUGACCACGGCGCCGCCCUUGCUCUCUUGCACAUUAUCGUGCGCGACGGGCCUGUUCAGUGGCCUUGUUGGUUCACGGGGGAGGAGACAAUAUGCACAUUUGCAGCCGCAACAUGGAGUCCUGCGUCCCUUUGUGCAACGAAGCUGGACCAAAGGCUGCGGCCCACAGGCUUUGUUCAGCCAACACCGCGAAACCGCUGCGUUCUGCUUGAAGAUUCAACGAAAACUGAAAAGAUCUGACGGCCAUCGAGACUUUGUCCUUUUUCUUUCGCCAUCAUACCACAGGUUGCUUAUACUGACCCUAGACACAUCUAGGCACCACCAGUCGGUCGCACUCUGCUUCCGGGCAGGUGUGCCAAUGAGCUCUGCACCGGCAAGCUUCUCAGGCUGCAUUGUUGACAGUCUAAAGGCAGCAUGCGAGGAAUCUGCUACACCUGGGGUCGACUCGCAUUACUGUCUUUUGAUUCGGCAUGUCAGGCAAUGAUCCCCCGGCCACAACGGCCGUGACCGGAGGUCAGUUGCAGGCACCGCCGACCGCUGUCGGUGGUGAGACGGAACAUGGCAACUCGGCAUCGUCCAACCCUCGUGUCUCAUCAAUGCCGGCAGCUGAUUGCCCACCGAGUUUCAGCGGAGCAAGGCACAAGGCUAAGCGGACGUCCAGAGCCAGAUUGAUUGCCUCCUUAACCGGUGCUGAUGCCGGUGGAAAGUCAGCGCAACCCUCGGGAAGCACCCUUCGGGCCAGUCCAAACCUUGUUUCAACAAAGCCGGACCUUGGUAAAGAGGCCAGCAACGCAAAUGCUCCGGUAGCUGUCGCCCAAGACUCCACGCCAAGUCUGGUCUCUGACUCCAAAUUGCCCGACUGGCAGCCGACACCACCUUCAUCCACGAGUCAACGCUCCGCAAGCCUAUCUCUAGAAGACCAAGAGCUUUGCGCGGGACGCUCCCCCGGCAGGAUAAAGCCCUACACCGAAGUGCCAAAGCCGCCGGAAACCCGUGACUUCGAUGCGGCCGCUUUCGAUGCCCUGAUAUACGGGCAACCUUCAGCGUCCAGGCCGCCUCCUGGAGUGUUCCUAUCGCAGCGAGACAAGAAGUGGCACGAGGCCAAGGCUUUGGAAAUCAAGGAGCGCGGCAACCGCAAGCAUUGGUUCGGCAAGGUCGUCGAGAGGAGGCGAUGGUUGCAGCGAGUCCAUCGUGAAAAGCAGCUGGCUCGCAAAAAGCGACACCCAGGCACAGCCUCGGACCCAGAGCCGUGGGGCUAUAAUCGAGUGAUUGAUUUCGAAGAUGUCCCCGAGUCGAAGCUCCCCGUGGACGUGCUGCGGAACCGUGACUGGUUGAAGGCCUGUGCGUGGUUUCGAGAAAAUCGAGAGGGGGCGAUACUAUCUGAGAAACAUGAAGAGGCAGCGCGAAUAUUACAGCAGCAGCGCGCCAUGGGUGCGAGAAUAACCAACAAGCAGACGAUCGAUUUUUACAUGGCCCUAGUGCUGAGUCCUCGUCACAGCCAGGAUCGAGAUGAGGCGUAACGAGCGAGCAGACAGGAUAUGCGCAAGACGAAAAGGUGGUGGCAUUUACGACUUCUUAUCACGGUUUACGGGCAUAGCGGGACCGAAGGGCGUUUAGCGAUGAGUGAUGUGUUGCUGGAAGUACAUUAGGCUUCAUCUUCAAUUAGCUUGGGGCAGAAGAAUUUUUGGGUUCUGCGGUUCUCACCCGGCAUAUAUACACGUUACCACGGCCGGGCUGCAGGUCGACACAAAGUCGAUAUGGAAUUAACAAAUAUAUGAC